GCGAAGCACAGAAGGGUUUCCCAUGGCGCCGCCCCCGGUCCGGUUCCCGAUGGCGGAUGUGCCAGGGGUGGCCGGGCCCGGGCGGACGAGGGAAAGCAGCCCAGGGGCCGUGAGGUUCGUCGGAUGUGGCCGUGUACUUCUCCCCGGAGGAGUGGGGGUGUCUGCGGCCCGCGCAGAAGGCCCUGAACCGGGACGUGACGCGGAAGACCUAUGGCUUCCUGGGCGCGUUCGUUGGAAAGAGAGGUGGAGGCGUGGAUCCCAGAGGCCCAAGAUCCAGAUCUCUGCAGCUGUGAGCAGAAACGAGGGAAACGUCCUUCACUUCAAACCUCAGGUCGUGACCUUUGAGAACCUCCUCCCCCACUCGGAGCCUCAGCACACACUGCCCACUCCAGAGCUCCUCCGUGUCUCCCUGCACCUGAUCUGCAGAAAGGGCUCAACAGAAUAGCUAAAUUGAGACUGGUAGCACUUUUGGGGCCGCGUUGCCACCAUCUCUUAGAAAGGCACACUCCAGUUCCAGUUCUGGUUCUGGUACACCUUCAGCCACCCGCGACUAGUGUUCAGUUCUCGGGCUGAGGCUCCUGGUCCCUCUUCCAAGUCUCACUUGAGGUUACUUCACUGAAAACCAUUCACCUAACUGGCUUUUCUUUCUGGAUUCUCUCCCUUAGUGCAUUCUGCUUUCUGGACUGUAUCUCUCCCGCUCCUCAGAGACGGAGUACCCUAGAUGCAAGAGCCUAUUAAGGGAGCUAGUGCUCCCUGGAAUAGAGGGCACGCUUUGGGCCUUUCCGCACUGGGGAAGCUUAUCCAAGGAUUCUGUCUUUUAGCCAGAGCAGGUCAAGUAGCUAGCAAGGACACACGUGGUGUCAAGCCUCUGUUGGCAUUGUUUGGUCUUGAAGACUUAGAGGUGGUCGUAAAGAGGACAAUGGCUUCAGAAAAGGAAUGAUGUUCAGAUACACAUUACAACGUGGAUGAACCUUGGAAACAUUAAGUGAAAUAAGCCAAACACAAAAAGACGAGUAACUGUACGAAUCCACUUUUAUGAGCCUCACCAAGCACCUUCCUUCGCCGGCGGCUCCAGUCCAGAAAAUGAGCGAGCGGAACUGCCGGUGCAAGGAGUCGGGUCGGCUCCGCAGCUGUGCACCCGAGUGUAAACGUGUACCUGAUCUCUACCUCGGCUGCCCCCAGGGUUUGGCCAGGUGUGUGCGUCUUCCCGCAGGGGCCGGAGACCGGCUUGCGGAUCCCGCUGCCGGGAGGCGCAGAAGGAGACCAUCGAGUUCUAAGUCCCGACCUCCACAAACGCCGAGAUCGUUGGUGGGUUCCAGAUCCCGCCUACAGAGACUUCCGGGAGAAAACUCCCCGCCAGUCCCGCCUCGCGGCACAGCCGCUUCCCGCUGUCGCGGCCAAUCACCGGCCGCUGUGCAACGCGGCCAGCGGGAGUGCUGGAAGCCGCGGGCACGUCCAUCUUUCUUGAUGGCAGAAAAGCUCCCCUCGGCUCCCACCCGUUAAAACUCACCUGCACGGCCAUUGUAUUUAAGGGCAAGUGGACAAUGAGAAGCCAGACCGGCGCCAUGUUUGAUACUGUCAAGGGACGGCGCCCUUAAGGGCAGCCAGUGACAACUGAAGCCAGUAUGUCGCCAUAUUUUCUGAAGGCACCUUGCGGGUCCUUUAACCCGGGUGUGUGUGUCCAAGCUGCCAUGAAGUGACUAAACACCGAGGGUGUUUAUUUGUCCCCAUCAGAAUCCCGAAUCCCAAACAGCCAACCCUGCUACUUCGGUUCCCUCGGCUGAGUUCGGAGGCCAAGACUGGGCGGGGCCCCGGGCUCGGGAGCCCUUCCUGUGGACGACGAGAGCUGAGGCCAGGCGCGGGGAGCAGGCGGCCGCUGCUCGGGGCUGGAGGCCUCAUGGCGCAGCCCCCGGCCCCGCUUCUGGUGCUGAGACCGGGGGAGACCGGGCCUGGUUGCAAGAAGUCUGCGGCCGUGAGCUUCUCGGACGUGGCCGUGUACUUCUCCCUGGAGGAGUGGGGGUGUCUGCGGCCCGCGCAGAGAGCCCUGUACCGGGACGUGAUGCGGGAGACCUACGGCCACCUGGGCGCGCUCGGAUUCCCGGGCCCCAAACCAGCCCUUAUCUCUUGGAUGGAACAGGAGAGUGAGGCUUGGAGCCCCGCCGCCCAGGAUCCUGAGGAGGGGGAAAGCCUGGGAGGAGCUCUGAGAGGAGAUACCCCAAACAAAAAGGAAGAGGAACCCGAGAGAGGGCCAGGAGCCAAAGGAUCAAAAAAGACUCCUAGGAAGGAGAGGCCUGAAGAGCUGGUUAAAAACAACCUUGACUCAACCAUCAGCAAAACCUCGGCAAGAGCACAGCCACCCAGGAAAGCUGCCUGUGACCAGAGCGCAGGUGCGCAGCCCCCGGUCCUGGUGCCCAGCGUAGAUGCUCAGGCCAGCCAGCGGCGCCAUGUAUGUGCAGACUGCGGCCGCCGCUUCACCUAUCCCUCGCUGCUGGUCAGCCACCGGCGCAUGCAUUCGGGUGAGCGGCCCUUCCCCUGCCCCGAGUGUGGCAUGCGCUUCAAGAGGAAGUUUGCCGUGGAAGCGCACCAGUGGAUCCACCGCUCCUGCUCUGGGGGCCGGCGGGGCCGGAGGCCCGGAAUCCGGGCUGUGCCUCGGGCCCCGGUCCGAGGUGACCGGGACCCACCGGUGCUGUUCCGGCACUACCCGGACAUCUUUGAAGAGUGCGGGUGAGCGGCUCCCGCUGGCUGGGCUUGAGCCUGACCUCAGUGCUAAGGACUAAGUGGGCCCUGAGGGAGGCUCCUGAGUCAGGGAUUUGGGACCCAAAAUUCAUCCCUUGGUUUUCCCUCAAGGAUCCCUCUAGUUUCCAAACUUGUAAAAAGAAAAGUGCCUGUAAAGAUUCAAAGAGAUUAAACUUGACACCUCCUCUCCCUAGUCUUUC